AUGAAUAGAAUUUGGUGUACUUAUGAUGUUCAAGCAAAUAAAUUAUACUGUUCAGUUUGUUUGGCAUUCACUACUAAAAUGAAUUCAUUUACUACGGGUUUAAAUGAUUGGAGACAUGUACACCAGCGUAUAAAAGAACACGAAAAUAAUAUUGGAAACUUAUUGUUUGACAAUCAAAAUCGUUUACAAAGAGAAGAAGUAAAAAAAUGUCGUCAAGUACUUGACCAAAUUAUAAAUGUAAUAAAAUUAAUCGGAAAAUGUGGUCUUAGUAUAAGAGGGAAAAGAAAUGAAGCUGCCUAUCUGCUGAAUAACGAGUCUGUGGAUCAUGGCAAUUUUCUUGAACUCAUAAUUUUGCUCAGCAAAUAUUAUGUUGUCUUAAAUGAACAUUUAAAUUCAGUUAAAAAGAAAAGUGAAAAUCAACAUAAUCGUAAUUCCAAAGGUCGUGGUAAUUUAGUAACUUUUCUUAGUCAUUAUACUACAGAUAAUAUUAUCAACAUAAUUUCUAAUUUGAUUAAAUCAACAAUAUCAAAAAAAAUAAAAGAAGCAAAUAUGUUCUCAGUGUUAUUAGAUACAACACAGGAUAUAUCAGUCAUGGAUCAAUGUUCCAUCUUUAUUUUGAAAAUUGUUAAAAUAAUCAAAAACAAAUUAAAAACCGUUAAAAUGUGUAAUGGUUAG